AAAAGGCUCAUUGUUUCUUCAUACGUUUCGUUCCCAAAAAAUUGACACAGAAGAGAAACCAAUUUAACAAAAUUUUCUCGCCUCCUUUCUUCUUCUUCUUCGACAACCACUCGCAAAAACCCUAAUUUCAUCUGAUUUCAAUAUUUCUUCGACAAGUUUCCUUCUUCUUAAUCCAUCCUUCUCCUUGUAUCGCUUUCACAAAGCUUGUCGUUUUCUCUCCUUGUGGGUUAAAAAGAAAUUAAAAGGCCAUUUCUUUCGAUUGAGCGAUUGAAUCUACGAGACGCAACAAUCUCUUUCUGGGUUAGGGUUUUUGGUGUGUCCUCUAUCUCUAUUACAUACCCUUUUGUGGUUUUUGUGCCUUCGUCGUUUCUGGUUUUUGGGGAAUUUUUUCUGAUUGUUGCUUUAAGCGGAGUUUGUUGGUUUCUGGAACCCUAGAUAGAGAGCCUUUGGCUGAUUAAUAUUGGCACUGGUGAUUUAGAGAUAGAGAUUAAGAGAUUAUAUGUGUAGGUGUUAGGGUUUCAUCACUUGAAUUGUGGCUGUGGCAUUGAAUAGAUGUGUUUGGGGUUUGUCCCUUUGGUGUGUGUGUUCUUAAGGAUGAGUGUUCUCUAGCGUGAAGCUAAAUUGCUCUUCUAAGCCAUCUGUCUGAGGGAUGGAAGUGUAGAAGGUUUUGUCAUCCUGGUGCGUUCACGAGAUUGCAUUAGUGUUUAAAGCAGCCUAGAGAUUGGAUUCGGGUUCUGAUUCGUCGCCUGGCGUUCACCGUGGUAGAUUUUUUAGAUGCUAGAGAAAGCUAGGAUAGGUUAGAACUUUUUUCAGAGGAACUUUGUCUAUUGUUGUUGGGGGGUGAAGAAGGUCAGAGAAAGUGUGUGUUCUUUCUUUUAUCUGAUGAGGUACAGCUUUCCUAAUGGACAAAGGUGAACACUCUUUAGCUCCGGAAUGGUUGAGAAGUUCAGGGCAUGCUUCUGGUGGUGGGAGUUCAAACCACCUCCUUGUAUCAUCCUCUUCUCAUUCAGAUUCUGCAUCUUUACAACAUAAUAGCAGGAAUAGGAACUCUAGGAGCAAAAGUGACGUUGAUUCAAUUCAUUCUCCUUUUCUGGAUCGAUCUUCUUCUACUAAUUCAAGGAGGGGCUCUAGUAAUGGUUCUGCAAAGCAUGCAUAUAGUAGUUUCAACUUUAAUAGGAGUCAAAGGGAUAAGGACCGCAGCAGGGACAAGGAUAGGGUAAGCUAUGUGGAUCCAUGGGACCUUGACACUUCUAUCCCUCUUAGAACUAUCUUGACUGGUAGGGAUCCGGAUCCAUUGAGACGAUCACAUUCAAUGGUUACAAGGAAACAGGGAGACCACCUGUCUCGAGGAUUAACAGUGGGCUUGAAAAAUGGUAGCACUGGUAAUAGUUACAAUGGAAAUGGAGUACUUUCUGGACCUAGCAUUGGGAAUAGCUUUCAGAGAACUGGGUUUGAUAAGGAUUUUCCUUCACUUGGAGCUGAAGAGAAGCAAAAUGGGCAAGAUGUUGUACGAGUCUCAUCUCCUGGUAUAAGUUCAGCUGUUCAGAACUUGCCAGUUGGUAACUCAGCUUUGAUUGGUGGGGAAGGUUGGACAUCGGCUCUGGCAGAGGUUCCCAAUGUAAUCGAGAAGGCUUGUGCUGGGUCAUUAACGUCCCCAAAGGCUAAUGCUGUUAGCACGGGAACUUUAACUGGAACAACUGGUCUUAACAUGGCAGAAGCAUUGGUUCAGGCUCCAGCAAGAACUCACACCCCUCCCCAAGGAUCUGUGAAGACACAACGACUCGAGGACUUGGCAAUCAAGCAGUCAAGGCAAUUGAUACCGGUUGUGCCUUCAGCACCAAAGUGCUCGAGUCUGAAUUCUUCUGAUAAAUCCAAGACUAAGCAAGUGGUUCGAACUGGUGAAACUUGUCUUGCUCCCUCAAGAAAUGCCCAACAACAGCCCUCUGUCCUACUUGGGAAUUUCCAGUCUAAUCCUAGUGGUCAAAUCAAACCUGAGAAGAAGCUGUUGGUUCUCAAACCGGCUAGGGAAAAUGGUGUCAGUGCUGUUAAAGAAUCUGGAAGCCCUAGUGCUAAUACAAACACUCGAGCCGGCUCAAACCAGCAGAUGUCCAAUGCUCAAUCAACGCAAUCUGCUCCUGUGAGAAGUAUAAACAGCCCAAAGGAGCUCAAGGGAGCUAGUGCCUUCUCCAUAAUAUCUGGCCAAACUAUCGAAAAGAAAUCUUCCACUGCUCAAACUCAGAGCAGGAGUGCAUUUUACAGUGCUCUGAAGCAGAAAAAAACUGCAUCAACAAGCAUCUCCACCGAUCCCGUUGACUCUUCAACCAGUGUCUCUUCUUCUGUUGAGGGAAAAGUCAACAGCUCAAAGGAUCUUAAAGCUAGUGACCCUUCAAGUCCACAGGCAACAAGUGGCCUCGAAGUGACUGAAAGGGUCCAGGUAGCUUCUCAUACUAGUGGCUUUGAAGCAACUGACACUCCAGAUGAGGAAGAGGCAGAGUUCCUUAGAUCGCUCGGCUGGGAUGAAAACAAUGGUGAAGAUGAAGCUCUCACAGAGGAGGAGAUAAAAACCUUUUAUGAACAGUACAAGGAGCUGAGGCCGUCAUUGCCGCAGAAUCUUUCCAUGAUACAUGAAGCAAGAGAGGAUGUAGUUUAAGACUCCUGAACCCAACUUUACAAAACUGAAGAAAGUACUGGUUUUUGGAAAGAUAGUUUCUAAUUUCUUUUUAUAUUUUUCUUCUUUUGGUCUUUUUGUUCCUGAGAAAAGCUUAGCUACUAUGGCAAUGGGAGAGGAGAAAGGCAGGAGGGUUUUUGUUUGUUUGUUUUGAUGAUUUGCAAAUAGUGCAAAUAAAGCUGAUGAGGCUUUGAGUUGCCAUAUGAGUGUCCUGCCCUCUUCAGACUUUGUAGAUCUUUCUUUGGUCUGAAAAAAAUGGCUCAGCUCUCAUACACAUGUUCCUCUU